AUGUGCCCGCUCGUAUUCGAGGUUCCGUGCGUUUUCCAAGAGUCAACUCCACAGGAGAACAGUCUUUUGACGCACUCUGACGGACAUCCAUCCACCGCUUGCACACCCUCCUCGAGCUCGAUGACCAGCACACCCAGCACACCUCCCGCCACUGCCGCCAUGCCACGCCCUGCCACCCCUGCACCGACUGCCUCUACCUCACCUCCUGCGAUUAAGAAACCCAAGAUGAAGAUAGCCGUCCUCACCUCAGGCGGGGACAGUGCCGGGAUGAACGCCGUAGUCCGCGCCGUCGUAAAGACUGCCAUCAUCAAAGGGUGUGAAGCGUGGAUCGUUCGCGAAGGCUACGAGGGACUAGUCCGGGGGAACUCUCAGGAGAUCCAGAAGCCCGCAGCGACCCCAGCAUCGGAGAAGGGGACUCCCGCCCCGGAGGAGCGGCGGGCCAGUGACGCCAGUUUUGUGCAUAAUCUGCGUUUCGGCGACGGCGAGCUCCUGAGGGACGGCACGGGCGACCACCCCGGCGGGAGGUCGCUUCGCGGGCGGUACAUCGUGCGCGUUGGCUGGGAUGACGUGCGGGGCUGGUUUGCCCAGGGUGGUACGCUCAUCGGGACUGCACGAUCCACGGCGUUCCGUACACCUGAAGGACGCCUGACUGCCGCGCAUAAUUUGAUUAAAGAAGGAAUCGACGCGCUGGUAGUGUGCGGCGGAGACGGGUCGCUGAGCGGUGCGGACGUAUUCAGGUCGGAGUGGCCGAAGCUCGUCGUCGAACUCCUCACCCAAGAGAAGAUCACGCAGGAGCAAGCGAUGCUCCACGCGCACUUAAAGGUCGUUGGGCUGGUCGGGUCGAUCGACAACGACAUGUCGCUGACGGACAUGACGAUCGGCGCGCCGACAGCGCUGCACCGGAUCUGCGAGAGCAUCGACAACAUCAACUCCACCGCGGUCUCGCACUCGCGCGCGUUCGUGCUCGAGGUCAUGGGUCGCAACUGUGGCUGGCUCGCACUCAUGGCCGGCGUCAGCUGUGGUGCGGACUUUAUCUUCAUACCGGAACACCCGCCAACGGAGAAUCCCUGGGAGGACGAGAUGUGCAGUGAGAUCCAGAGUCACCGAGACAUAGGCAAGCGCAAGACGAUCGUGAUCGUCGCGGAGGGCGCGCUGGACUCGAACCUGAACCCGAUCCACGCGAACUACGUCAAGGACGUCCUGAGCGAGCGGCUCGGGCUCGACACGCGUGUCACGACUCUCGGGCACACGCAGCGCGGCGGUGCGCCCUGUGCGAUAGACCGCAUCAUGCCGACCCUGCAAGGCGUCGAGGCCGUGGAGGCCCUGCUGGAGGCUACCCCUGACACCCCGUCUUAUAUGAUCGGCAUGAGGGAGAACAAGAUUACUCGCGUGCCACUCAUGGAAGCCGUCGCGAUGACUCGCUCGGUGUCGACGGCGAUUGCAGAGAAGGACUUCGCGAAGGCGAUGUCGCUCCGCGACCCCGAGUUCAGCGAGACGCUCGAGGGGUUCUAUGCGACCUCGAUUCUGGAGAAGGAGCCACGGCUGCCACACCAUUUGCGGAUGCGUGUCGCGAUCAUGCACAUUGGUGCCCCCGCGGGAGGAAUGAACGCAGCGACGCGCGCUGCGGUGCGGUACUGCAUCCGACAGGGCCAUAAGCCAUUCGCUGUCCACAACGGGUUCACGGGCCUGCUGGACGACAACGUGCACACACUCUCGUGGCUGGGUGUGGACAACUGGAUAACGCAUGGGGGCUCUGAGCUGGGCACGAAUCGCCACCUGCCCGACAUCGACCUGGGCGCGGUCGCGGCCAAGUUUCAGCAGUUCAACUUCCAUGCGCUGCUCAUGAUCGGCGGGUUCGAGGCGUUCAGCUCGCUGCUGAUCUUGGAGGGUGCGCGGAAGCACUACCCUGCGUUCCAUAUCCCGAUGGUGCACCUUCCCGCGACGAUCUCGAACAAUGUGCCGCUCACGGAGUUCAGCCUCGGCAGCGACACGAGCCUGAACGCGCUCGUGAACGCAUGCGACGCGAUCAAGCAGAGCGCGUCGGCGAGCAGGAACCGCGUGUUUGUCGUGGAGACGCAGGGCGGGAAGUGCGGGUACAUCGCGACGUUGGGCGCGCUCGCUACGGGCGCGUGCAUCGUCUACACUCCGGAACGCGGUAUCAAUUUGGACAUGCUGCGUCAUGACGUCAAAUUCCUGAAGAAGCGGUAUGCUCUCGAUGCGAAGGGCAAGGCGGAAGGCCGGCUGGUGCUCAGAAAUGAAGUGGCAUCGGACGUGUACACGACGGACUUUAUCACGAGGAUGCUCAAGGAGGAGGGCGGGUCGCUGUUCGACUCGCGUUCGGCAUCGCUCGGGCAUACGUUACAGGGCGGAAUUCCGUCACCGACGGACCGUGCACGGGCGGUGCGGCUCUCGCUCAAGUGCAUGGCGUUCAUCGAGCAGUACCACAAAGAGCUGCUGAAGCAGCCGGUGAAGACGCGACAGGCGCCGCCGGAGUCGGCGGCGGUGAUCACGGUCCAAGGCUCUACGGUGAAGUGGAUGCCAGUGGAAGAGAUGGUCGAGCAUGCGGACAUGAAGAACAGGCGGGGGAAGACUGCGUUCUGGGACGAGCUCACCGACUUGGUGGAAGCGCUGGUGGCUCGGCCGCAGUUGCUGGCGAAAUAA